AUGAAUUGCCAAUCACUCUUAGAAAAAUUAAGCCACCCUCUUAGUCUUGGACUAGAGACAGAGAGGGCUUCUUCUUUACAAGAAAUUGUCUUGGGAGCAUAUCUUUCAGCUUCAAAGAUGGAAAUCACUGAUAAAAUUCAAGUCUCUAGCUUGGGUCUUUUCUGUCCUCCUUUUACCUGAGAAGUCAGAAAAGAAAGUAACACUCAAGAUCCAAAGACAUCUGAUGCUAAAGGAGCUUGUAUAGAAGACAAAGCUCAGACACAGCAAUUAUCUCAAAUGGAGUUUGAUAGCGAGAGGUUGGUCCUUGAUCUGAAUUGCAGCUCUGAUCCUAGUGCUCCAAAAGAUUCUCUCAAAGAAUCUGAGAUAAUUGAUCUUACUUCCACAAGAACUGUAGACUUGGUUCCAAAAUCUCCUCUCAAACCUCGUAGAACUAAGAAGAAGUUCAGAGUUGAUAGAAAUAAUAUUGAAGAAUUCACAGCUAAUGAAAGAAGAAGGCUCAUGAAGAAGUUACAAAGCUGCUCUCAAGAGAAGCUAAUCUUUCAGAAACGAAUCAAAAAGGUCAAAAAGGACCCAAAGAUUAGUGAAGAAGACUAUAGAGGGUCUAAGUAUUGGGGAGUCUCUAAGAACAAAGCUAGGUGGCAGGUAAUGAUAACUCUCAAUCAUUACAAAGAAUACAAAGGAGGUUUUGAGACUGAAGAUGAAGCAGCAAAGAUGUAUGAUAAAAAGAGCAUCUGCACCUUUGGCCUCAAGGCAAAGACAAAUUUUAAUUACAACAAAAGGCAAGUUUUAGAGAUUCUUAACGAUGAUGAAAUUGUUAUAAUGUAAAUCAGUUACAAGCAAUUAAUAACUUCAGAAUCUUCUGUUUUUUAAAUUGUGUCAUGAU